AUGUAUUUAUUCAUAUUGGUUAGUCUUAUAAGUACACAUGUAGGACGGGCGAAGGAGAAUGGAGAGGUGUCAGGGGCGCUGAAGUCAAGUGUUGCGCUCAUUCUGAUGCUGUGUGCUCCCCUCGCACAGACGGUGAUGGGUUUCGGAGAGGAAACCAAAGUACAUGCCGUGUACAAGCUGUCCGUGGUGAAUGAUGCAUUGGUCUCACCAGAGCAUGUGCGGUGUGUUUCCAACAAGAGUGAGAAAGGGCUUGUAGAAGAGGUUUACUGUGCCUCCGGUGCAGGACGUCUGGUGCGUCGCCUUCUUUACGUUGACACCCGCGCUCCGCCCGGUAUCGUCCCCGAUUUCAAUGAAUCCCUUAUUUUGGGGAUUUCACUUAAUGACUGCAUGAAAAGUUGUGCCGUGGGGGGUUGGAAGGAAGAACAUGACGGGGAUGUUGACACACCGGCUGUAUUGGGACUGCAAGUGGCUUCACCCUGCUGUGGGUCGAGGCACUCGGCGUUUGUUCUUGACGUCCCCAGGAGAAUUAUAAAGCAAUUCUACGCUCUGUCCCACAUCACCCUUUCAACGGAGAGGUUUGAUUGCACCAUUCGGUACGUGUACCAGGCGUUUUUGUCACCGAGUGAUGUGGGGCUUUCAUUUCCCGUGGAACUGUACUUUUGUGAGGCGCGUAUUUCCAACAUUAUUAGCGAGAUUAGCGGCCGCAGUAUCAUGGGGCUUCUGAGGGCCGAGAUAAGUACGAGAAGGGCUGUUGAAGGCAUUCUUCUUCCCCGCGAGGUGCUCAGGAGCAUACCUGGAUGGAUUGGCAGUGCCAAGAACUCCGACAUGUCACUGCAGGACGUUGGGGCCUGUUCAUUUGAGAAGCACGGGGAAGCAAAGGCAUCCACGGUGGGGCCGAGAGAACAGCUCGUAUGCAAAAUCCCCACGGAGCUCCGGGGUUCACUGCCGGCGCUAAAAAUUGUGGUCGAUGUGUGCGGCGGCACAUCUUUACAAAACUUUGAGAGCUCUUCUCUUUUUGUAGAUUUUAACCAAAUGAUUGAUGAGGAGGGAUAUUUGCGCCUGGACUCAUCGGGGUCCAUAAGCGCCGCACUGGAGAAAGAGGCGGACCUCCUGCAAGUACCAAAAGUUGUGAUUGGGGCGCUGUUCCUGCGGGACCUUAUUCUUUCCCUUUCCCGCAAUUCUGAUGUCCAAUCGCCUGCGUCGGGUCUGCCGUUGAUGUCCAUGCGGGCAUCGAAAUUUAACUCGAAUGGCCCCAUCCCGAAAAUAAAUGAAUUACCGAAGGAGAAAAGUGCAUGUGCCGCAUCGAAGGAAUGUAAAAGUGGCGAAGUGCGCUUUGUGAGUCUCAACCGUUGUGGCACAUCGACGGAUUGCAGCAAUUUUCUUCCAUACCACUACAAUCCAACGAGUCUGCGCUGCGAGUUAAAUGUGGACCUCGUCUUGGCGCUGGGUACGCUGGGGGUCCUUUUCAUUCUUACCGAAGUGGCGGUGCUGCUGAUGCGGCGACACAUAGGGAAGCUGCUGCAGAGUGCUGCCGGUGAGGCGUUGGCGCUCAAGAGAAAGUGA